AUGGUGGACUCUCCUGCUUCAUCGCUUCGUUCCAACCGUAGCUCAGUGUACGAGAGUCGCAAGUCAAUUCAUUUAGCUGAUGGGGCCGAGUUUGAGCCAGUUCCUGAUCUGACAAAUUUUAGACCAGUAACACUGACUGUCAGCAGUUUUUUCAAACAGGUAAUUUUAAAGUUUUGGAUCCUCUUAUUAAGGUGGCUAGACUGGAUUUUAAGGGGGGAUACCAUUAAGGUUUGAGUAUUUACCCCGCGGACAUUAACAAAGAGCUGGAAAAAGGAUACCACAGUUGUGUUGUAUAAAGAUGAAAAUUUGUUGUGGUCCAUGUUUCAUUGACAUCGGAGUUGCCAUGGCAACGUUAAGACGCCAUUGCUUUUUUUUAAACUUGCCUUUGUAUUUAUCAACGCCAGGAGCUCUUUUUUCUCGAAAACGCUUAAGGGAGCUCGUUCCUCCCUUAGUUGCCUCGAUUAUGGCAAAGUUUGAACAAAUUUUAUAACAGCGUUUUGGAAAUAUUUUGAAACGAAAUUUUCAGGUACAUAAAAACAGUAAAUAAACACGCUAUCGACAUAAUUGGCUAAUAUCUAAAGAAAAUGAUGAGGUCUGGAAAUGCAGUUUCAUACAAAAAUGGUAAAGAAAGCAACCGAACGUAGGCUAAUGAAAUUCUUCCUUCUCGUAAUCGGGAUUACGGUGAGUUUGCUAAUUUCAGCUUGUCCUUUUGGCAAGCAGCUCUUACCCUGACAUUGUACGUGUCCUGCUCGUCUAAGUUAAUGAAUUUUUUAGAGAGUGACUCGCCUGAACCCUUUCCCCUUACGCAAGUAAGCUUUAAAAGUUACUUGCCCAGCAUUAAAAUCUAUUUGUCCCUGACUACCGGCCGGGACGUUUUUCGAGCCCUGCACAUGUCCUUAACCUUUGCCCAUGGAUUUUAUUUUACUGUUUUACUUUUGAAUCUCAGGAAUCUGAUAAGUUAAAAGAUGAUGACCUGUACAAGUUUUUAGCUGACUUAAAGAGGCCUUCUUCAGUACUAAAACGCCUCAAGUGCAUUCCAGGUAAUUUCUUAUUACACAUAAUUAACAAUUAAUGAUUGAGGCUGAGUAUCUUAUGAAGAAUUAAUGAGAUCGAGGAAGGUGUUAUCCGUCGAGGCCGUAGGCCGAGGCGGAUAACACCCUCCUCGAUCUCCUUAAACAACUCAAGCUCGUCCUCAGGUCUUCUCGGUUAACGGUGCAUUGACCUGCAAAAAACUGCACUUUUGACGUCAUUGGUUGAUUAAUCGCAAAAUUCUUCCACAUUUGGUCAUCAGUAGCUGGUUAUGGUCAAUUAUUCGUGUGCUUUUAGCCAUUCGGAAUCGGGAAAAUAUUUUGAAUGAAUAAUAAACGCUUUUACCGUACUAAUGUUUCUCUCAGCCCAGUCUUAAAACUAUCAUAACGACCGUCAAAUCGUUAACACAAGACGGAAUCUCCUUCAAAAUGAAGCCGGUUUUUAAAAUUUGGGUUGUCUGGAGAAAGGGUUCGGAUAGUAAUUUAUUUCAGAUCGAUGAAAUGAGUUAGUUAAGCCUCAAAAAGGAAAGUGUUUUUUUUUUUCAUUCCUCGGGUUUCUCAAGGUGUGAUUUAUUUGUUUUGUUUAUUUUUGUUUUUAAUGUGCAUAACUCUCUCAUGUGAGGCAUUAGUUCAUUUCAGACAGCUAUUUUAAAUUACUUGACCUGUUGUUUUUGUGAUUUUUAUCUUGCAGGAACCCUAAAGCUGGACAUUUCACCUCCUGGCGACAAACCGCCAUAUUGCUUAACCUCCGAGUUACAUCAGGUACUGUAUACAUAUGCGUUAUUGACAAAAAGUAAG